AUGGCUCAAAUUCCAGUUGUGUACGGUGAGUGGAAGUUUAAGGAGAAUUCAUGGCAUUUUGUUGUUGACAUGGGCAAAGGUGGAAGAAUGUGGUUUUUGAACGAUGGUUGCACCUUUGGGCAGCUUACUGAAAUGGCGCGAGAUGAUUAUAAUUUGGGCAAGAAGACUGGGAUCAUCGAGUUAACCUACGCACUACCAGUCUCAAUGUUGCAAAAUAUGGCUCCAGAUACACCUCCAAUGCAUGUCACCAAUGAUAGACAAGUUUCAAGCUUGAUUGCGUUAAGCAGAGUACAUUUGUUACGCCUUUGUGUGUCCUGUCGAGUGGAGAUGGAUACUGAGGAGAACCAGGAACGAUCAGAUGAAGAGUUUGGUGAAGAUGUUGAGGAAAAUUCAGAACAUUCAACCGAUGAUGAGGCAGACAGUUCUGAUGUGAACGACGAUGGAGAAGAUGUCGACGAUGCAGCUUACUCUGACGGAGAAGAUUACAGUGUCUACGGAAAAGUGAAAGAUGAAGAUGAUGAUGAAGAUGAAGUCUGUAUUGAAAAGGUCAGAACCCGAUAUGGUGAAACAGGAAGCACACCCAUGUCAUGGUCUGAUAAUAUAUAUGUUGGGGCAAGUUUCCUUACAAAAGAGAAGCUGUUAUCAGAGGUUAGACUGACUGCCAUAAUGUUAAAAUUUGCUUUUAAAACACAGAAGUCUACCAAGAACCUGUUUGUGGCUAAAUGUCGAGUGGAAGGAUGUGCAUGGAUGGUUAGAGCGAGCGUGAAGAAUGAGGCAUCCACUUUUUGGGUGACAAAAUAUGUGAAAGACCACACAUGUUCAAUAGCCCAUCGAAUGGCUCACCGUGGGAAGUCUACUCCUAAGUAUAUUGACCAGCUUUUUAUAAGCUAUUUCGGCAUAAUUGAUGGACUUACACCAGAACAUGUCAGGGUUUCAAUGAAGCAUAUGUUUAGCAUCAGGAUGGAUUACACUACCUCUUACAGAUCUUUGAUAUAUGCCCAACAAUUGGUCAGAGGAACAGCUGAAGAUGGAUAUGCGAGUCUACCAGCUUACCUACAUUCAGUGAACAAAGCCAAUCCGGGAGCUGUAUCAGUUCUUCAUGUAGAUUCGAAUAACAAAUUCAAAUAUCUAUUUCUCGCAUUUGGAGCAUCGAUUGGUGGUUUUCAGUACAUGAGAAGAGUUAUUGUGGUUGAUGGCUGUCAUCUAACAGGGAAAUACGAGGAUGGUUAUCCUUUGGUGAUAGUUUCUGACAGACAUAUUUCUAUUAAGAAAGCUUGUGAAACUAUUUUCCCAUGGGCAAAACGAGGGAUCUGCUACUACCAUCUACAACAUAACAUAGUAACAAAGUUUAGGGGGAAGCAGCUGUUGUACUUGGUUAAACGUGUGGCUUAUGCUUACAACCUCUAUGACUACAACCGGUACAUGGCGGAGCUGAGACAGAUCAAGACUGACCUUGCUGACUAUUUGGAAGAAGCCGAUGUCUCUCUUUGGUCCCAAGUUCAUUUUGUUGGAGACAGAUACAAUAUUAAGACUAGCAAUGUUGCAGAGUCUAUAAAUGCUGCACUUAAGAAGGCCCGUGGCUAUCCCAUUUCAUUCCUCUUGGAUUUCAUCCGAGAGAAGCUCGGUCGGUGGUUUUUAAAACGCAGAGAGGAUGCUUUGAGUCUCACAACACAUAAUACUCGGGGAGUGGAGUAUUUGCUGGCGAUUCGUGGACAUUAUGCAGAUGCAAUGGAGGUGGACCGAAUUGACACUUGGAGAUACUAUGUGAAAGGAGGAACCAGGAAUUGUAUUGUUGAUUUGGAACAUGGAAUGUGUGAAUGUGGUGUGUUUUACAUCGAGAAGAUCCCAUGUUCACAUGCUAUUGCAGCUGCCUUAGCCGGUGGGAUAUCUGUGGAUUCUCUUGUAUGUCCGACUUACUCAAAAAACUACUUGUUUGCAGCAUACUCUGCCAACAUAUAUCCCCAAAUCUCAGAGGUCCAAGGAGGCCCAACUUCAAUAUGUCUGCCACCAGACAUUCGCCGUGCACCAGGCAGACGGAAGAAGUCUCGGUGGCAAUCAUGGCUAGAAAUUGCUAGGAGGAAAAGCAAGAAGCCAAGGAAGCUGCACAAAGUAUACAGCUGCUCCCAAUGCAAACAACCUGGUCAUACCCUACCGAAUUGUGUAAGUUGA